CACGUUAGUUACUUACUUCCUCUCAACACAAAAUCCCAACAAUGGAGUUCCCAUAUGGCCACACCACCACACACCACCACCACCACCACCGCCGAGACCAAGACGACGACGACGACAACGGCGAUGAUAAUCGACAAAGACCAAACUACCCUCCUCCCGGUACUCACUACUCUUCCUUCGACCAACCCCCACCGCCACCACCUCCGACCUCCUCCCACUUCCCCCAUGACUCACCUGCAACCCAUGUCCACCACUCCUCUCAUCAGUCUCCCUACGAAGACCGUUCCUUUCCUCCUCCUCCUCCUCCUUCCUUCGAUCAUCGCCCACCACCCUUUGAUUCCUUCGAUCACCGACCUGAGUACGGCGCUUCCACCAACGUUCUCCACGUGGGUCAUCAUUUUGAGCAGCCAGCGCCGAUCGAGGAGCCUGGGUUCCAUGGCGAUCAUCACUCUCGUCCCCAUUUGCCCUCUUUUCUUCCUCAUCACAGUACUAAUACCCACCAGGGUUCUCAGUCUGAGCUAUAUGGGAGGCGAACUGUUAAGGUCUUUACUAAAGCCGAGCCCAAUUACUCGCUCACCAUUAGAGAUGGCAAGGUCAUUCUUGCCAAGUCUAAUCCCUCCGAUGAUUUACAGCACUGGUACAAGGAUGAAAAGUACAGUACUAGGGUGAAGGAUGAAGAAGGUUUUCCCUGUUUUGCUCUGGUUAACAAGGCUACUGGUCAGGCUAUGAAGCACUCCGUUGGAGCUACUCAUCCUGUACAGCUGAUACCAUACAACUCAAAUGUUCUCGAUGAAUCCAUACUUUGGACCGAAGGCAAGGACCUAGGCGAUGGCUUCAGGCCCGUUAGGAUGGUCAACAACAUUCGCCUUAACGUGGAUGCUUUUCAUGGUGAUAAGCAUUCUGGAGGUGUACAUGAUGGAACCACUAUAGUGCUGUGGCAGUGGAACAAAGGAGAUAACCAGCGUUGGAGAAUCACACCCUAUUGAAUUUGGUAUGAUGCCUUGGUGGUGGUGCUGCUGCUAUAGAGUUUGGGAUACUAUUCUAAUCUGCUUAUGAAACUAUUAAGUUGUGAGCUUUGAUGCUUUAUGUGUUUGUUUUCACUUGUGAGUGAUAUUGUGGUUUGGAUUUUGACUAUUGCAGCUUGUACCUGCUAUAUAUAACCAUAUUAAUGAGCUUAUCAUGAGUAUAUCUGUACUGAGAUUUGAGUUAUAAACUAGAAAAACACUGCCCAUCUAUCUAUUAAUAUAUUUCCUGGUACAUUGCUUCAUGUCCAGUUAUUACAA